AAUGACUUGAAGGUUUUGUCAAUAAAUUUGACCAACCUGUGAGAGUGAGAGGUGUUUGUUACAAACACUAAAGCGUCAGUAGUAACAAGCGCAUCGCUGUUAGGAACAGGUGCAUCGCUACUAGCAGCUAGAAGCUCCUAGUAACAAGGGCAUCGCUGCUCGCAUGCCGCUGAUGCUGGGGAAACACUUGCGGCUCAAUUGUCGGCCCGAGACCAAUGAGGGCAUCGGAGGAGGAGGAUGACGGGCCCAGUGGCUUGAGGCAGGUGCACUGCACUUGUGGCGUCGUUUGCAGCCGAGCUGUCAAAGCGGCAAUGCGGGAGGUUGAAAGAGCAGCCGACAGGGCAGAGAAAACCCAAUUGGCACAGAUCUCAGAGCGGCUGUUGGAGAACACCCAGGUGCGACGCUUUCUGACCGCGUUCGAAGAGCAGGACUGGCCAGAUCUUUUGCCAUGUGUUGCAUCCAUAGGGAUUCAGGCCUUGUCAAUGCACUAUGGCCGUGCUGCGCAACUAAGCCUGAGCUCCCUGCGAACGCUCGCAAAGUGGAUCGAGCGUCACAGGGCUUGGCCUAGUAGCCUCGAGAUUCUCUCCCGAAGUGGUUCGCCAGCGAGUGCGAGGAGACAGCCGACUCGGGCGCCAUCGGUGAUGCCAGAUGGUUUGGAUGACUCUGCACCUCCAUCAGCCAGAAGGGAGGUGAACCUUGCAACUCCACCGACGAGCUGCACUGUUCUCAAGCCAGCCUUGACUGGAAUUAGGGCGAGGGCUCAGAUCCGUGGACGAAGUCCUCCUCCACAAAGUGCUCCGUGGUCGCCCAGGAGCUCACCAAGGGCUUCGCCAGCUGUUGCAACCUUGCCUUGGCCAUCACGACGAGAUGAGGCGUUUCAGAAUACCCGUUGCCUUCAAUGCGAAACGGAGCAUUUGCCAGACUCGGUUUUCUGCCGGAUCUGUGGCAGUCAUCGAGAUGGCCCACAAAGCAGCCGGCAAGACAGGGCGCCAAUGCAGGACGAGUGGUACCAGACUCUGAUGUCACGACUCCGCCGCUUGGGAGAUCAGGCGAGCCCCCGAGAACGACAAGCAGGUGAGCCAGUCACUUUUGCCCAAAGUGCGCGUCCAAUGAGGUCUGCUAGCCGAGAGGCUCUCAGUGUCAAGCUUCGGGAGUUGGGACUUGAGCGCCCAGACGUGCCCGCUAUUCCCUUCAGAGAGCCAGGCUUUGGGGCCAGCGUCUUGCUCAAUGACCUGCCAGAUCGAGCUUUGCGGCGGGAUGGUCAUUCUGCGGCCAUGGCAAACCCUCGACGAGAGGUGCUAUCCACUAUUCGUUCUGGCGUAUCAUUGUAGACAGAACAAAGAGGUUCAAUUUAAUCCUCAGACCACAUGUUUCCAAGGAGCUCCUUUUCUAAGCGCAGUGCAAGAGCAAAACUGAGCGUGUAAUUGAUAGCAAUCCUGCUAGAUGUACAGUUUGCCCAACAUAGAAUUCUGGCUUGCUAAUGCCCACUACAUUGCUAUUGCGUUUGAUUAAACAAA